ACCUGUUUCUCUCUCGUGCUCCGAGCCUGUCCCUGCUGCUCCACAUCUAUCUUCCUCCGUUUUCUCCUAUCCCUUCUUCUCUUUUCCUUUCCUUUUGCUUCGCUCCCCACUUCCUUGCUCUUCUACCCAAUUGCUCUCUUCAUCUCCCAUCCCUUCCUCCGCAUCUGUGGGUUUUCCCCUCCAUCCGUCCAUCCUUUCUGUUAUCCCCCUUCUUUGCAAACUCUCUCUCUCUGCCAAGCAUCCAUCCAUUCCUUUUUUCCUGCCCUUCAUCGACCCACAUCCCCCGCUCCCCUCCUUUGGGUGGUGGGUCCCUCCCUUCUCCCCUCUUCUCCUCUCUUCCCUGCCGUCUGUUUCUCCGGCACCCUUUCGCCUUUGUGGGUCAGGGCACUGGGGCUUCCUCCAGGGGGCAGCAUGGCUCUCCUGAGUUCUCCCACCGAGACCGAAUGCUUAACCAAGCCGCUUUUCUGCCGCAAGGGGGCGCUCCGCCAGAAGGUCAUCCACGAGGUGAAGAGCCACAAGUUUACCGCCCGCUUCUUCAAACAGCCCACCUUCUGCAGCCAUUGCACAGACUUCAUCUGGGGGAUUGGAAAGCAGGGACUUCAGUGCUUAGAUGGGUCCCCGAGGGUCUGUGCCGAUUACAAGGCGACCCUGAACAAGGCCCUUCAGGCACAUCCUUACCCGGUGCCUGUGGUGCAGCAUGUUCUGCACUUUUUGGGCCAGGGCAAGACUUUUGCAAAAUUGGACCUGGCCCAAGCCUACCAGCAACUGCUGGUAGACGAGGCCUCAGCCACAGCCCAAACCAUUGUAACCCACCGCGGCGCUUUCAAGUGCCGCCGGCUUCAAUUUGGGGUCAGUGUGGCUCCCGGGAUUUUCCAAGGGCUCAUGGAGCGGGUGCUCCAUGGCAUCCCGGGAGUUGUGCCCUAUUUUGACGAUGUCCUUAUUGCCGCUCCGGACCAAUCAGGACUCGUCAAGACUCUUAGGGCUGUCCUCUCCCGAUUCCGAGCUGCCGGCUUGCACUUGAAGCAUUCCAAGUGCCAGCUCGGCCACCUCCUAGCCUGCGAUGCCUCCCUCUUUGGGGUGGGGGCUGUGCUCAGCCACUCCUACCCCGAGGGCUCCGAGGCCCCGAUUGCAUUCUACUCUCGCAUCUUGUCCAAAACUGAGCGAAAUUAUAGCCAGUUGGACAAGGAGGCCCUUGCGGCCGUUGCGGGAGUAAAACGUUUUCACCCCUACCUCUAUGGUUGCCGCUUCACUCUCCUGACAGACCAUAAACCUCUCUUGGGCAUCAUCUCCGCCCUGACCGAUGACCUCGAGUGUCCCCUCUCGGCCUCGGACAUUUCCCAGGCCUCCUGUUCCGACCCCCUCCUCCAGAGAGCCCUGGACGCAGUUCGGCGGGGCUGGAUGGAAGAGACUCGCUUGGCCGAGUUUCUUUCAUUUUUCCGCCGCCGGGAUGAACUGUCAGUCCUUCAGGACUGCCUGCUCUGGGGCUCCAGGGUCGUCAUACCUGCUGCCCUCUGCCAGCAAGUCCUCGACUGCCUCCAUGACGGCCACCCGGGCAUAGUGCGGAUGAAAGCCCUCGCUCGCAGCUAUGCCUGGUGGCCCUCCAUGGACGCGGACAUCGCUGCCUGGGUCCAGCGGUGUCCUCCAUGCCAGGCUGUUCAGCCGGCACCUCCCUCCGCCCCUAACCGCUCCUGGGAGACCUCUGCCUUCCCUUGGAGCCGUCUCCAUUUGGAAUUUUUCGGCCCCCUGGACGGCCGUUCCUUUCUCUUUAUAGUGGACGCCCUGUCCAAAUGGGUGGAGAUCUUUCCCAUGACAUCCACCAUGGCCGGCGCCACCAUGCAAAUUCUCCAAUCCCUCUUCACCACCCAUGGCAUCCCAGACAUCAUCGUCUCUGACAACGGGCUUCCUUCCUUUCCUGGGAAUCCGGAUCCCCGCAAUAAGCAUAAGUUCAAAAUCCAUAGCUACAGCAGUCCCACUUUCUGUGAUCAUUGUGGCUCACUCCUGUACGGACUAGUUCACCAGGGGAUGAAAUGCACCUGCUGUGAGAUGAAUGUACACAAACGCUGUGUCCAUUGUGUUCCCAGUUUGUGUGGUGUUGACCAUACAGAACGCCGUGGACGCCUCCAACUUCAAAUUGAGACAUUUGGGAGUGAUGAGAUCCGGGUGACUGUUGGAGAAGCACUGAACCUGAUCCCGAUGGAUCCCAAUGGUCUGUCUGAUCCUUAUGUGAAAAUCAAGCUGAUUCCUGACCCAAAGAAUCUCACAAAGCAAAAGACCAGAACCGUCAGGUCCACCCUUAAUCCUGUCUGGAAUGAAACCUUUGUUUUCACCCUGCAGCCAGGUGACAUGGACCGGCGCCUCUCCAUCGAAGUUUGGGACUGGGACCGGACAACCCGCAAUGACUUCAUGGGUGCCAUGUCCUUUGGAGUCUCUGAGCUGUUCAAGGGCCCCAUGGAUGGCUGGUACAAAUUGCUCAAUCAGGAGGAGGGCGAAUAUUAUAGUGUCCCUGUGGCGGAUGCAGAAAACUGUGGGCUGCUGCAGAAAUUUGAGGCUUGCAAUUUCCCUCUGGAACUCUAUGAGAAGGUUCGUCAUGGUCUUAUCCCAUCUCCAUCUCCAAGCCCCACAGACCCUAAGCGUGGCGGAUUCUUUGGCAUCAACCGCUUCCAUAUCUCGGACUUCAACUUUCUCAUGGUUCUGGGCAAAGGAAGUUUUGGCAAGGUGAUGCUGGCUGAACGCCGUGGGACAGAUGAGCUCUUUGCCAUCAAGAUCCUAAAGAAAGAUGUGAUCAUCCAAGAUGAUGAUGUAGAAUGUACUAUGGUGGAAAAGCGUGUCUUGGCCAUGGGGGAACGUCCACACUUCCUGACUCAGCUGCACUCUACUUUUCAAACAGUGGACCGGCUGUAUUUUGUUAUGGAGUAUGUCAAUGGAGGAGACCUAAUGUAUCACAUCCAGCAGGUUGGGAAAUUCAAGGAACCCCAUGCUAUAUUUUAUGCAGCUGAAAUUGCGAUUGGAUUGUUCUUUUUGCAUAACAAGGGGAUUAUUUACAGAGAUUUGAAACUGGACAAUGUCAUGUUGGAUGUUGAUGGCCACAUUAAGAUCACAGAUUUUGGGAUGUGUAAAGAAAACAUUUUCCCUGGCAUCACCACCCGGACCUUCUGUGGAACACCUGACUAUAUUGCUCCAGAGAUUAUAGCUUACCAGCCCUAUGGGAAGUCAGUGGACUGGUGGUCAUUUGGUGUUCUUCUAUACGAAAUGUUAGCUGGACAGCCACCAUUUGAUGGAGAGGAUGAGGAUGAACUCUUCCAAUCGAUUAUGGAACACACAGUGUCCUAUCCUAAAUCUCUUUCACGAGAGGCUGUCUCCAUCUGCAAAGGAUUCUUGACUAAACAUCCCCUGAAGCGCCUGGGGUCAGGACCAGAAGGGGAACGGGAUAUUCGGGAGCAUGGAUUUUUCCGCUGGAUGGACUGGGAGAAACUGGAACAGCUGGAAAUUGCUCCACCUUUCAUACCUAAGCCUUGUGGCCGGAGUGGCGAAAACUUUGACAAGUUCUUUACACGGGCACCACCAGCACUGACACCCCCAGACCAGCUGGUUAUGGCAAGCCUCGAUCAGAGUGAAUUCCAAGGAUUUACCUACAUCAACCCUGACUUCGUGCAUCCAUCAACCUUGCGGCAGGGAAGCCUCUCCCCAACUGCCAUGCCUCUCUCCCCAACCGGCAUGCCUCUCUCCCCAGCAGGAAUGAUCCCUUCUCCUACCUCUUUAGUGUGAGAGUGACCUGUAAUCACCUAAAAUCCCCAUAUUAAACCUUGGCUGUUGGACUCUGUUCCUAAGAGCAGGAGUCCAAGUUGAAACCCAAUCCUAACUCUGAUCCCCAGAAAUAUUUUGUUAAUUGCAUUCUCUGGUGUGUUGUUUCCCUCUUUAUUUCCCUCCCUUAGGUGCAAUCAAACUGGUGAGGUUAAGAAUGAAAAAAUGCAUGCACACACACAUACACACACACAAAAGCAUGAGCACACACACACACACACACACACACACACACACA